UUGUAAGUAUCGGAAUUGGGGCUGGGAAGAUACAUAGACAUAGAUACAGAUAUCAUUGUUCAUUCAUUAAUAUAAUUUUAUAUUGUAAUUUAUCUAGCCAGUGUUUCUGAAAUACGUUUAAUCAUGAUUUGUGGUUUUUGCCUAUUGUUUUGUUUGCAAUAACACCCCUCUGCAGGACAUUCUUUGGGAAAUAUUGAAUGAAGUCUUGAUUGAGCCUGCCAGGUUAUCUGUGACAUAAGUCUAUUCUAGAUCUAGUACCUGAACAGGUCUGUUCUGACUUGAUACUGACAGAUUUAAAAAAUAUAUUAUUAGCUACAGUUCCUGGGAAUGUUACGACGGUAUCCGUCUCUCCUUGGAUACUGGAAUACAGAACUUUGUUAGAAGGAACACCAUAUCUCCCUGUUGUAAAGAGUCCUUAACAACCACCCAGUUCGUGGCAGAGACAGGGAGAACAGAGACUGCAGUCUUUGACUCUUUCUGGGGCUAAAACCUGAGCCAUGGCAUCUGUAUCAUUUCGAGAGCCAGUAUCUUCCACAGUGGGAAAACGGAUGAUUGUUACAGGCCCAGAUUAUAUAAAGGAUCAUCUGCCAAAAAUUCAUCAGCACACUUCCUAUAUAGGAGAAAAGCGCCCAGCAUUAGAGAAGACUGGAGAUCUCAGAUAUUUAUGGAGGCCUGCCUCAAACGGAUGCUUACCGGCAAAAUAUAAAUAUGAGUAUGUUGGUGAAAUUGGUUGGGGAAUACCAGAGUAUGAUUUUAUCAACCAAACAAGGCUUUGGACUGGCUUUCACAUCAAGUAUGGAGAACAAAGUCAAGCCACUAUUGAUAAAAUAGGACACAGAUACCAAAAUCCAUGGCAACCAAAACCUUAUAUUAUGGAUAUGCAAGGAAGAUUCAGUCGCGGUUCUAUUGCCUGGCAUAUGGGUGAUUAUGAAAACACCGAUCAAAGAAAUUCCAAAGCGGCUGUCCUUGUCAGGCAGAGCACGGCAGAAUUGCCAAGAGCUUCCAAACAACCGAAGCUGCCAAAGCGACCAAGAAAGGAGACAGUCUCCUUACUCCAUCGAAGAAUCUUGCCAACCCCCUAAGACGACUGCUUGCCCUCCGUCACCAGAGAUCUGAUUCAUUAGCAAUUAAUUACAUCUAUUUGAAACAUUCUGUGAAGGAGCCAUGGAAGUCCUCCUUGGUAGAUCCUGACCCCAGGGGCACUUUGUAUUAAAAAAGGGAGCAGUUCAGCUGCUAACAUUCCUCUGUGGUCUGAUUUUUGGGCUGGUUCCAAAUGAAAUGAUUUAUUGUAGUGUGUGUGGAUGAAGGUUGGGUUAGUUACCUUCUGUCACUGAACUAAUUUUGUGUAGGAUUAGAGCAAUCAUGGAUUAAACAAU